CCGCUUUGAAUAAGCGAAGAUGCUUUCCCUCUGCCCUUGCAGCAGGGAGGAGGGUGGAGACAGGCAAGGGGUUGUUGUGGAGCUGGACUCCUGGGUUUUGUGCCCUUCCACGUAGUACUCUACUCUUGUGGAGCCUUCCCAUCCUGAUGAUGUGCCUUUAUUUGCUACUUAUAGGUCACUAUCUUACGACAAAGGCUCAUCUUCCUUCCUGCGUACCUCCCAUUUACCUUCUCGGAGAAUCCUGCUGCAUCACAGAAGCCAGAAGUUCUGAUGUUCCAUUGAAAUCACAAUGGAAAGUCUUGACCUGACCGGCACCCUCAGGAAGACCCCAAGCCUCUAGCAGAUGAUAUCAACUCCAGCAUGUUGUAGAUGUGGAGGAUUCCCUGGAUUAUUGAGAAAUACCAGAGGCGAAUUGUUCCACUGUAGUUACAGUGAUGAAAGGCAGUAACAGAAAUAAAGAUCAUUCAUCGGAAGGAGAAGGGGCUGGAAAACGACCAAAACGGAAGUGUCUUCAGUGGCAUCCAUUGCUAGCCAAGAAACUUCUUGACUUUUCAGAAGAGGAGGAAGAAGAAGAGGAAGAGGAAGAUAUUGAUAAAGUUCAACUUCUUGAGGCUGAUGGCCUAGAGCAAGAUGUUGGUGAGACUGAAGACGAUGAGUCAGCAGAGCAGCGAGCUCGGAGACCAAUGAAUGCAUUUCUUCUAUUUUGCAAGCGCCAUCGCUCCCUUGUCCGACAGGAACACCCAAGGCUUGAUAACCGAGGUGCUACCAAGAUUCUAGCUGAUUGGUGGGCUGUUCUUGAUCCAAAGGAAAAGCAGAAAUAUACAGACAUGGCCAAGGAGUAUAAAGAUGCAUUUAUGAAAGCAAAUCCUGGCUACAGAUGGUGUCCUACUACAAACAAGCCUGUAAAAUCUCCAACAACCACUGUCAAUCCACGAAAGAAACUUUGGGCCUUCCCAUCUGACUCUUCAAGAGACUUGUCAACUCCCAAGAAGGCAAAGACGGAAGAAAUUCCUCAGCUUAACUUUGGAAUGGCUGAUCCUACUCAGAUGGGAGGCCUGAGCAUGCUGCUGUUAGCUGGAGAACAUGCUCUUGGAACAGCAGAGGCAUCCACUGGGCCUUGCAGGCCUGAUGUUUCAGAGUCACCUGAGUUGCGUCAGAAGUCACCAUUGUUUCAGUUUGCUGAGAUAUCUUCAAGGACAUCCCAACCUGAUGGUCCUUCAAAACAGUGUCAAGCAUCAGCUUUGUUUCAGUUUGCAGAGAUCUCUUCAAGCACUUCACAGUUGGGUGGUGCUGAGCCGGUGAAACGCUGUGGGAAUUCUGCACUCUUUCAACUGGCAGAGAUGUGUCUGGCAUCAGAGGGGAUGAAAAUGGAAGAAACAAAACUCAUAAAAUCAAAAGAAUCAGACGGUGGGAGAAUUAAAGAAAUGGAAAAAGGGAAGGAAGAGAGAGACAUAAAAUUGGAGAAAAACAAUGAAUCUGGGUUCCAAAAGGAAGCAGAAUUUGAGAAAUCAUCUAAGGAAAAUAUAAGGGAGUCUAAGGACUUAAGACACUUUGAGGAGCUACAAAUGGAUAAUGUAAUGGCUAUAAAAAUGGAAGACCCCAAAGAAAUUAGAAAGGAAUCAGAGGAUGAUCAGAAAUACGGUCAUUUCCCUGAUUUUUCUUACUCUGCCAGUAGCAAGAUAAUAAUUAGUGAUGUCCCCAAUAGAAAGGAUCACAUGUGCCACCCUCAUGGAAUUAUGAUCAUCGAGGACCCCACCACCCUAAACAAACCAGAAAAGAUCAAAAAGAAAAAGAAGAAAAACAAACUGGAUCGGCAUGGAAAUGACAAAUCCACACCCAAGAAGACCUGCAAGAAGAGGCAGUCUUCAGAAUCCGACAUUGAGAGUGUCAUGUACACCAUAGAAGCUGUUGCAAAAGGAGACUGGGGUGUUGACAAACUUGGAGAAACCCCAAGAAAGAAGGUCCGCACCUCAAGUGGCAAGGGAGGCAUUCUGGAUGCCAAGCCACCAAAGAAAAAAGUGAAAUCAAAAGAGAAGAAAGUUUCCAAGGAGAAGUGCUCAGACAUCACCAAAGAGUCACGACCUCCAGAUUUCCUUAAUAUUUCUGCCAGCAAGAAUGUUCCUGGGGAGGUGCCAGAGGGCAUAAAAGCAGAGCCAUUGACCCCCACAGAGGAUGCACUGCCACCUAGCCUACCAGGACAGGCCAAGCCUGAGGACAGUGACUGUCACAGAAAAACAGAGACCUGUGGCUCCAGGAAAUCGGAGAGGUCUUGCAAAGGUGCUCUUUAUAAAACCCUGGUGUCAGAGGGCAUGCUCACCUCCCUGCGAGCUAAUGUUGACAGAGGGAAACGAAGCUCAGGAAAAGGAAAUUCCUCUGAUCACGAAGGGUGUUGGAGUGAAGAGAGCUGGACAUUUAACCCGAGUGGGACCAGUGGGAGCAAGAAGUUUAAGAAGAAGCUAAGGGAAGACUCCUUCCUUGGUUCUGCAAAGCUGGAUGAGGAAUUUGAAAAGAAAUUCAACAGCCUCCCUCAAUAUAGUCCUCUUACAUUUGACCGGAAAUGUGUAUCUAUUCCAAGGAAAAAGAAGAAGACUGGAAACAUGUCCUCUGACUCAACUAAAACCAGCAAAGCCAUAUUUUCAGAAGACAAAAACACCACAGAGCCUGCUUAUAAGGUUAAAAAUGCCCUAUCCAUUCCCAACACUGCAGAGCCAGCAGCAAUGCAAGAACCUUUGGUGGGGAGCCAAAAGAGAAAAGCAAGGAAAACAAAGAUCACACACCUUGUCAGGACUGCAGAUGGCCGAGUAUCACCAGCAGGAGGUACCUUGGAUGACAAACCAAAGGAACAACUGCAGAGGAGUCUCCCUAAAGGAACCGAGACAUACUGCGGUGAUGAUUGCUCACACAGUGCAGUUGAGGAGCCACGGAGCACUACUCCAGAAAUGCCUGCUGUGUCUGCAUUCUUCAGCCUCGCUGCACUGGCUGAGGUUGCAGCCAUGGAGAAUGUGCACAGAGGUCAGAGGUCAACUCCGCUCACCCAUGAUGGACAGCCAAAAGAAAUGCCACAGGCUCCUGUACUUAUUUCUUGUGCUGACCAGUGAAGCGCCCUUUAAUUGUAAAACAUUGUGCUUUACCUACUACCCUAGCCUUGUCUUUACCAGGGAUGCUGGCGAGUCCACGUGGUGGGAAGUACAGACUGCGGACAAGUGCUUGUUGCCUGACACAGCCCAGAAUCACUUGAAGCAAAACUUAGCAUUCUGGCACCACUUGUUUCAGAAGCCACAAUUUUUGAGGGCAGUGUUACUGUGUGAUACUGAGCAAAAGCAAAGUGAUUUGGACCUUUGCUUUGCAUGGAAAAAAGGCUUUUGAUGGUGACCAGUGGUAACUUGGUAAAAGGCUGCCUUUACUGUAGCUCAUCCAGCAUCUCUUUUACCAACCAGAGAGUGUGAAACUAGUUUCAUAUAUUACCUAGUUAUUCUUUCAAAACAAACAAAAACCCUGACGCACUGCACUAGUUAUUAUUAGAUAUUCGUAGUCUUUUGUACAUGAAGAUUUAAGUUCUAAGAUGGUUUAUAUAAUAGGUUAUACCUACAUUUAUAUUGUAGAAUAAAUAUUAAAAAGCCUGUACCAGAGACUCCCAAGCAGCAUGGUCAGGCAGACGUACCAUUGUUAGCGGUGUAUGCUCGGCCUUGUGGUCCAUAUAUUCUGCACUUUUAUAUUUGCCACCAGAAUGGUAGUGGUAGUUUGCUGGCAGAGAUGGAGAGAGAGAGAGAGAGAGAGAGAGAGAGAGAGAGAGAGAGAGAGAGAGAGAGAGAUUUUGAAAUUGAGAAAGAGACUAUUACAAUUCUUACAAUCUGAAUUUUUUUCUUAGCCUUGAAUGACCAAGAAGAAUUUGCUUGGGGCAAAUUGUGGCAAAUAUUUUCCCAGACAGGGGAAGCAUCCUGCAGAUUACAGAUUACUGAUGUUUUCAUGCCUUGAGGAUUCUUUUAUUUUUACACAGGGGUCUAAGUGACCAAUGGAUCGUUCAUACAAACAAACAAAAAAAAGACAAAAAUAUUAUUCAGAAGUGACCUUAGUAUUACUUCAUUAUUCUAAACACAUUGAAGAUGCUCACUUCAUAUGGACUUGGAGCUUCAGACCUUUUACAUCCAUCACAGACAGACUGGACGGGUUGCGAUUGCUAUGCACGGCCUAAUAGGCACUGCAGGUUUUAGGAGCCAUUUGGAGUUUGUGUUGUUGAGGAGGUAUUAAGUAAACGAGGGGGGAGGUGUCUGAAGUGUGCCUCUCAGUCAGAUCCACCUACAAGUUUCUGUUUCCUUUUCAUGUUUUGUUGCUUUUAAGCAUAAAACCAACCAUAUGCCAGUGCCAAGUGGAUUAACUGGCUUACAACAUUCAACAUAUUGACUUAACCACCUGACGUUCACAGUGUCUUGUUUCCUAGCAACAGAUGCAAAGUGAUACAUCAAAAUUAAUCUGAGGCUACAGAUUUUACAGGGUAUUUGUUCCAUAGCACAAAGUAUUUCCCCACUCUUGAAUCACAGCACAAACUACCAAAUUUUAAUUUUUGGAUCCCAGCAAUAAUUUUUAAUAGUUUUCAAACUGGUGGAGUUUUGAUAGUGCUAGCUGGAAUUUGAAGCUUUUGAAUUAGAUCUCUAAAUGGUGACCGUUUACAUGGUUUUAUCUAGCUUUCUUAUUUAUACUUGACUGAAUUGUAAUGAUUUUUUUUCUAAUUGUAAUUUGACCUAAUAGCCAUAUAAAAUGAUUCUAUUAAUACUGUCUAGGUCUAGCUUCUCAUGGUUGUAGAUAUUACUUCAGUUCCGGUGCUGGAAAAUAUGUACAACAAUACUAACAGAAUUGAAAAAGAUAGAGAUGUGUUUUGUUUUGAUGUUAUCUUUCCAAAGCAGGUAGGGAGGGUAGCAGAGUAUUAAAAUUGUGUCCUCCAAAAUUGAUGUUCAUUGUGGGGAUGGAGGAACCAGGAAAGAGUAAAAGGUAAAUCAGUAGGUAUAGCUUAACCCCAUUCACAUAGAAAUAAAUCAAGUGAAUAGCCCCAGAUUUUAGCAUACUAUUUUUUACUAUAACUGUUUUAAUAAUAUUUUCUAAAUUUCAAAACAAAAAAAAAAGUGAAUGUUUGGAAAUUGCUGGGUCCUGAUGUUGGUGGCUGUUGGAGUUUUGGACCACUUGCUAGCAGUGAUUUUAAACAUGAUAAUUAGCUAAAACCCAAAAAAAUAAUAACAAAAGUAGAAAACCAACAAUUGCAUUGGUGCAGAACAUGCAUCUUGACAAUGGUACUAACUUGUUAUUCUCUAGAAUACACUAGAAUAGAUCUAUUUUUGCCAGAGCACCCUCCUUCAGUCUGCCGAGUACAUUUCACUAGAGUCCCUUAAGAGAUUGCUGUAUAUUCCUGAGACCUUUUUUAAAAAUGAAGCAAACAAGAGAUGACUUUUUUUCUACGUGGUUAAUAUCUUACCUGGUCUGCUUUUCCUGACCCCCAGUGGCUUUUCCCUUAGGCAGGGUGGGAAUGGGGAGGGACUUACUGGAUAUGACUGUUUUCAGAUACUUAAACAAACAAACAAAAAAACUUUUUGUAGAAAUGCUUAAUUUUUAAGCGGUUAGGCACCAAGAGUAGCAGAAAUCCUGCAAAGCUUUAUAGUUCUGAGUGAGGUCUUGAUUUUAGUAGCUGUGCUUCUCAUGCCCCGAAUCUGCUGGAGAGGGGUGUUGGUAUUUUCAGGUAACAUUUGUUAGCACAAAUCCUUCAGUCCGUCACGUUGUACUCCACUGCAUUAGCAUCAUCUUCUUCAUUUCACCUCUCUCCUUCUGGAAACUGGUAUUGCUGUAUCGAUCGGAUGUGUACUUACAAUCCGCCAGCAAGCACCAUCCACACUAACAUUUGUCUCAGCAUCCUCAAGAAAACAAGUCGUUGCACCUUAUGUAUAUCUCAAGCAAACCAAAAUACAAUGUUCUGCUUUGUUAUAUUCUAAAUUGUUGUAGCAUAUCUUUCUGAAGCCACUUUGCAUUUAGUGAAAAUGUCAGUAUUUAUGCUUUUAACCUUAAUUUCUGGAUUCAAACCUGUAUAUAAAUCUUCUUUUGAAGUUGUUCUUGCCCUUCUCUACAGUGCUGGAGUGGGAGGUUCUGUCUCAGGUGCAGACACUCUUCCAGUGUUCGGUAGCCUUUUAUUUAUUUUAGUUAUUCUGGUAUUUCCAAUGUAAGUUUGAAGUGUCUAGAGUAUAUUAUAGUAACUAAAACUGCAGCUCUUAAGCUGAGUGAAAGAAAAAAUACUGUAAGACAUCCUUGAAGUUUUGUUUAUUUGGGUACUGUAGAUGAGAUCAGGGGAAAGGAAAAAAACUUCCACAGCCACUUUGGAAACUACAGGUUCUUGUCCCCAAAUUAGGUUAGUCUCAGAUGGUGGAUCAAAACUCUUAAUCCAUUCAAUCCCCUCCUGAGUGAUCUUGUCAUUCUGGCAGCCUUUUCCCACAAGUGUUAGAAAUUAUUUAAUUUUAUCAGAUGUUGCCUGGAAGCCAUGCUGAAAUAAUUCCCAUAUUAUCAUUGUUACUCUCCUUCCUGCCUGUACAGUUACUAGAGAAAGAUGAUGGCAACGCUGUAUGUGCAAAGGAGCAUCUGAACCUGUCUGGGUGUUGGAGUCCAAUGUUGAUUCCCUAUUGUUUUCUUAAAGUCAGAUGCUUUGCUAAGUCAUAAAAAAUGUAUUUGCACUCUGCAGUCUUUGGCUCAGUGUACGGAAGUGUUUGCACCAAUGUAAAAUCUCAAGCAAAUUAUAAAUUGCUAUGGAACAGACAUUAGCUGAAAACUGAAUGACAUGUUUUGUUUAUAGGGUGGGGUAGGGAAUACUACAUAGCUCUGUUCCAAGCUUGGCAUUUGAUGUUAAUGUGAAGCAGUGGGACCAUGCUGCCUGCUAAACUACUGUAUGCGUCCUAAGUGUUCUGAAGACCAGCAGCUGGAGGCUGGAGGACAGCACCCAUUCAACAGAGGAGAAGCCCCACCACCGCUUCCUCCGGGGAGAGGAAGGAAAUCAGGGGAGGCCUGGCCUUACCACUUGUAAGGGAAAUGUUGGGGUGUACGUGAUGCUGUUGAGAUUCACCUUGGAUUGCACUGCUCCUGAGAGCCCUCAGAUAAGGCCAAUCCUCCUGGGCUACCUCGGCUUCCAAAGUUAUUUCAGUAAGUCUGUCUUUCGCGUCUACCUUCAGUGCCACGAUUUUCCACUGCAGUGUUUGGACUUCACAAACCGGCUUCUCCAGAGAGAACAUCCUCUUGUUGAAAUGAGCAGUAGAAGCAAGUGCUUAUCACAUUUGACCUGUUAAAGUGUUUGGAGUGACUGCUAGGUGGAAAUUGAAUUUAGCUUCUCCCCACACAUCCUUGUUUUGCACUUUAUGCAAAGUGUACUAAUUGCUAAUUAGAUGUUGUUUCUGUUUAUACAGGCAUUCCCAAAGAGUUAGACUGGACUUGGUUUUAUUUGAGUUUGGGGAUUGUUAAAGUCUUACUUAGAUUAACUAACAACAUGUGUAUAAUGAAAACAGAAGCAGCUGUGUAGUUCAUGGAACCAUGGAUCUGGUGAAGCGUCGGGGUUUGAUGGACUACUUUGCUUGUGUUUGGAAGUGAUAGCUACGUUCGUUAAUACUCUAUGCUGAAGGACUGUCCUUUACAGUGGGGACAUUAUUACCUUCUUACAUUUCAGAACAAAGAAGCAACAGAAGUAAAUGACAUCCGUUUGACUUCUUUGUGUACCUGCACCUCUCUGUGCUACCCUCCCUUCAAAUAUAUUAAUAUACAUGAUGAGAGGGGGAUCUUUCCUCUUUUGACCAAAUUCUAUCUGUGGUGGUGUGAUUCUUACUGAUAAAGUCACAGGAAGAACUUUGUAGUUCAAAGUUCUGUGGCCUUUGUUUUGUUUUGCUUUGUUUUUUUGUUUGUUUGAUUUUUUAAAAUUUUUUUUGAUUUUUUAUUUUUUUGGCAGACAGUGGUCAAACUGAUCAUGCCUUCAAAUUGAUUUUCAUGCACAGAACUAGUUUUUGUGAACAUUACUACUACUUCCAAAGAUUUUCUGAUAACUUGGGCCAGAACUGGUGACUGAGUAACAAGGAUCUGAUCGAAUGCCUCCAAACCCACCCACAACACGAAUCUUACCUCACAAGCUCUAACCUAAAUCAUAGAGACACUCAUGUUCCAUGGAAUGUCACUGACUUCUCUGUUGCUCGCCAGAAGGUGUUGCUCUUGUCUCCUGACUCCUCACGUUUGUGCCUCGGCUCUUGGAGCAGCGGAACCUAGGGUCGGGAAGCCUGGGGACCUUGAGCUUAGUGAUUGCUUAGCCACAUUUUCAUGUCAUUAGCACUAAGCAAGCCUCUGGCUCUCAGGAAUUUGUCAAAAGGUUGAUGAAACCUCCUGAGAUUCCACACACCAGGUUAUAACCUGGUUGUCAUAGGUUUGAAUUGCUUACUUACAUGUCAUAAAUUAACCACAGCUUCAGUUGACCCCAGGUCUUAAGUCUGUUGACAGUUUCAGCAUGACUGAUUCCCUCAUUUUAUUUUAUUUUUAUUUUUACUUUAUUUUGCUUUGGAAAUUGGCUUGGUUCUCUUUAGAGUUGGUGUAAACAUGCCAUGUAAUAAAUGAUUUCCAGUUAA